CAGGGAAACCUGCGCGUUCCCGGCUUCGCUCCGCAAAGUGCCCAGCGACCGUGAACGCGGCACGGCAAGGGCCCAAGGCCGCUGCCGCUCUGAGCGGGAGAGCUGCGCCGGGCGCGCCGCAAAGCGGAAGCAGCGACGGAGCCGCCGCAAGGCAGAACUGCCGGCACGGAGCCGGCCCAAGCCCCGCCCUGCACCGUGCCACCGCCCGGCGGCCUCCGCCGUGCCGAGCAACCGGAAGGUCUUCCGCAGCGUCCGGAAGCAGCCGGCGAGCUUGGGUGGCCAUGGCUGAUGAAGAAGAAGACGUGCCGUUUGAAGAAGACGCGGAAGAGGGUGGCGGCGGCCUGGAUGGCGGGCAGGGCCGGAGGAAGAGGCUCUUCUCCAAAGAACUAAGAUGCAUGAUGUAUGGAUUUGGGGAUGACCAGAACCCUUACACAGAAUCAGUGGACAUUCUUGAGGACCUGGUAAUAGAGUUUAUCACAGAAAUGACACACAAGGCCAUGUCAAUUGGGCGGCAGGGUCGUGUUCAGGUGGAGGACAUCGUCUUUCUAAUACGCAAGGACCCCCGGAAGUUUGCCAGAGUUAAAGACCUCCUAACUAUGAACGAAGAACUGAAACGAGCCAGGAAGGCGUUUGAUGAAGCAAACUAUGGUUCUUGAUUCUGUGCACAAGCUGCCCUGGGGCAUUAUUCGGGCACCUGCUGUCCCAGGGGAACAUCAUAUGUUUUCUUUGGAGGGGUUAUUCAAGACAGAGGUCACUGCUGGAAUGUUUGCCUUCACUCCCAGCCUUUUCUGAUGAGUAUUCCAGCAGCUGAAUACUAUGCAACUCUAUGUGGUAUACUGAAGUGGGUCUUGCACCACUUCAUGAAAUAAGAGCUCUAAACAUUCUUGUAAUUGCAGGAAGUCUGUUUGGAGUAGGACUGUGUCAAAUCAGCUAUCUAGAGGGCUAAUAAUUACCAUCAACUGUUCCUGUGACAGGAAACCUAGAAAAUGGAUCUUAGUUAACUGGACAAAAUCUUCAAGCCCAAACUCCUGUAGAAAUUCUGCUCUUUGUUCUCUAUGGGCUCUUAAAAUGUUUUAUUCAAAGUUGUGCCCACUCCUUGUAAUUAAACUUACAUUAAUUCACAGAAGGUGCUCAGUACACAAGUUUUGGCACUUCCUUGGCUAGGAAUGUUACUUUUUCUGGUGUCCCAAUGGGCACAGCUCUUUAGUUUUCUACCCUUGUGAAGCCAAUGUGUUCCAACUUUACUUGCACAUACAGCCAUUCUACAAUAAAGCAGAUUCCUGUUCCUCA